AGCCUUUUCCAGAACUCCCAUCACGGCCUCUAAGAAUCUUCACUUUGAUCGAGUCUAUAGUCUCCAUUUCUUCUCGGGGCUCUUUCCUCACUGCAGCACCACACUCCAUGCCCGCGGUGGCCACUCUUCUGUCUCUGUUCCCUGUACUUCAGGUUCCAGUGGCUGAGGAGCCUUGGGAGGAGCUGCUGGCACACUGAAGGACUGAGUGUCUGUUAGAUAUCUGCCAUCCUGGGCUCUGUCCAUGUCUCUGUCUAAGCCAUCAUGUGCUCUGAAGGCCUGGGCUGGAUUAGAUCCUGCUGUAGUGGGGUGGCGGGUUCCAGGGAACAGGGACAGGGACUGGCAUACAGGUGAGCUGCAUGUGGCUCCUCCUCAGCAGCUUCUGGGACAAGUCCUUCCCUUGACUCCCCAAGGAGUCCUUGUGUGCUGUUGUCUUGUGGCCUCUGCUAGGUAGCACCUCCCCCUUGUCCCCUUCCAGGGUAGGAGACCUAGAAGAAACAAGAGAAGGUCUGUUCCCCCUCAGGGGCUGCCUAGGCAGAACCUGGGGCAGGAGGAAGGGCCUGAGGCCAUUUGUCUGUUUCCUGGAGACCCUGGUGUUAUUGUCUCUUUGUCAUCUAAUUAUUAUUUGAGCCAAGGGGUUCCCCACAUCCAACUCUGAGAACCAUUGGCUGAGGGUUGCUGGAGGGUCAGGUGAAAUUUGCCUUUGACCUCACCCAAAUGUCUCCUCCUUGAGCUGGUUGGGCCUGUGCUGAUCCUUGUAGGACCUGUCUGGAGGUUGGGAGAUGACAUUCCCAAUGGUAAGGCCAACCUGGGCAAAGGUGUCUGCUUUGAACCUGUGGGAUUCUUUUCUUUCUUAGAGAUCUGAGGGCAGGUGCCAAGCCCUGGGAUCUAGAUUCUGCCAUCUGGCUGUUUAAGAUCAGGAGUCUUUAGAAGGAAUCUUGAGGGAACAAGAGGGGGCCAGGCCCAUCUUCCUCUGGCUGAGGACUAAGAGCCUCCCUUUUUCCCAAGCACACCUUCCCCUCCUUAGGAAGAAGUCCUGUUGUCCCCGCCUGUCCAUUCAUUUAGAUGCAAACAGCCCUAUUCACCUUCCUGUGGAAAAAUCCACCCUGGGGCCUUAUCUGCAGAUGGGGUGGCCCAGGCCCCUUGGCUGUGGGUGGGUCCUUCCCCGUCCUUGCUAUUUCAGGCUUGGAGGGGCUGCAGGAAGCCCUAGGAGGGGGCUUCCUCUGGGCGUAUUUUUAGAGGAACAAAGAAAGGGGUACAAUGGGUUGUCCCAUUGUAGAUGAGUUAGAUUUAGGGACAAGGACUCGAGGAGGUAUAGGAGCCCAAAGGGACAGUGUUCCCCUGGAAGAGAAAGGGGAGCCUUGCAUGACCUCUUCAAACCAGGCUUAAGACAGCCCGCCUCAGGCUGGGUGUGGAAGCCUCAGAGGGUUGGGGGCUGCACAGGCUGGGGAGGCAGGUAUACCUCUGCUCUGCAGGGUCGGAGUGUCCACUAGGUGACCCCAUGGGAGGUUAGGGCUUUCUUGAUCUCCCUGAACGUGUGUCCUCUGUCCCAGCCUGCAGGCUAGGGGAGGUGGGACAGGGGAGAAUACCGAUAAGCUCUGCCCCUCCCUUUGGAGGCGGGAAAGCCUAGUCAGUGGUGACUCAGCCCCGGGCCAUUCAGGGCUGGGGGUGGCUGCAGCUGCAGUGAACUGAUUCUAGUGAUGACAGGGACUGCCCCCAAACAGAGACCCAGCAGCCAGCAGUGCCAGGGACGGGAAGGCAGUGAUAGACCAGGCCUUUCUGCCCCCUUUGGCCCUACCCUGUCUCUUCCUCCUGGAGGACUGGGCAACUGAGUUAGGGUGCUGUAACUCUGCUGGUGGUGGCUUCCCAGUCCAGGACGGUGUGGAACAAAGUGAUAGCAGCAACGCUUUGGGGACUCCCCUGCUUCUUUCUGCCCUCUUUUCCCUCCCCCCAUCCAGUGUCUUCUGUUCUCCAGCCAAGGUCCCCUCCCUUGACUCCCUGUCUCCGCUGCCCUGGGUCCUGGCGCAGGGCAGGGCCUCCUAGCAGCUUCCUUCCUUUCUUGGGACGGAAACCCAGCAGGGUGUGGGGGGCGCCGGACAGGGGAGGGGGUUCAGUAACUACCCUGCGACCCAAAGUGAGUCAGCCCCUACGUCCCCACCCAUCCCCAGGGAACCUGGGCCACAGUGGGAGGUAGAUAAGUAGGGUGGCAGUCUCGGCUGGCCCAAGAGCUCAGGCCACUCUGGGCUGGUCACCUCCUGUUUGCCAUUCCUAGCCACCUCUCAUGGCUCGCUCCAGGAAUACCGUGCUGCCUGCCUCAGCCCCAGGAGCUCCUCCACAGAACUUUCAUCGAGGGCUUGUUCAGGAUGUCAAUGGGCCCCCAAGAGAGCUGCGUCCCCGGCUCUGCCACUUACGAAGGGGACCCCAGGGCUAUGGGUUCAACCUGCAUAGUGACAAAUCCAGGCCUGGUCAAUACAUCCGCUCUGUGGACCCGGGUUCGCCUGCUUCCCACUCUGGCCUCCGUGCCCAGGACCGGCUCAUUGAGGUGAAUGGGCAGAAUGUGGAGGGGCUGCGCCAUGCUGAAGUUGUUGCCAGAAUCAAGGCACGGGAGGAUGAGGCCCGGUUGCUGGUGGUAGAUCCUGAGACUGAUGAACACUUCAAGAGGUUGCGGGUCACACCCACUGAGGAACAUGUAGAAGGUCCACUGCCAUCACCAGUCACAAACGGAACCAGUUCUGCUCAGCUCAACGGUGGCUCAGUGUGCUCAUCCCGAAGUGACCUGCCAGGCUCAGAGAAGGACAAUGAGGAUGGCAGUGCCUGGAAGCGAGACCCCUUCCAGGAGAGUGGUCUCCACCUGAGUCCCACAGCGGCUGAAGCCAAGGAGAAGGCUCGAGCUACCCGGGUCAACAAGCGGGCACCACAGAUGGACUGGAACCGGAAGCGAGAGAUCUUUAGUAACUUCUGAGCCCCUCUCUGCCUGUCCAGGGCCCCAGGGUCUCUUCCUGCACGGACCUUGGGCCUUUCCAGAGCUCCCCAAGCCUCAGCAGACUGGAGGGUGGUAUCAUGUCAUCCAGAAAACAACCCAUGACCCCAUGACCCCAUGAACCCUUGUCUUGUCCACUGGGUGCUGCGGCUGUCAUAGCAAGAUGAGGGAAGAGAGAAACCCAGAGAUGAGAGAGAGAGAGAGACAGACAGACAGAGAGAGACAGACAGAGAGAGACAGACAGAGACAGAGACAGACAGAGAAACAGAGAGGGAGGAGCUGGGAAUGGUGGUCUGCCAAGGGCCUUUGCUGUUCUGCCUUGGGCCUGCUGACUGAAAGGAAUUCAUGUUUUUGCUUUUUUUCCUAAAAGGUCUCCAGCUCCACAUAUGUUUCUAGUUAAUAGUGGAGCCCCCUCCCCCAACCCCUUGAGACUCACUCUCUAAAUAAUUGCAAUAAAACAAACCUUUCUCUGCAAACCCUUUCUUACCCACCCUGUCAGCAGCGCCAUCCUGAGCAGAGACCAGGGACUCUAGGGAACAGCCAGCCAGGGGCCCUCAGGGCCAGCUGUGUGUGUAGGAGCUUACACUCUGUCCCACCCCCAGCGAGGCAUGGUCCCUAGGCCAGGCCUCUCUCCUCUGCCUGGCUACCCUGUGCUGCCUCCCACAUGCUGGGUUCUGGAAUGCAAAGCCUAGGCUCUCUGAGGGGCCAGAGGAUGGCGGGUCCAUGACUCCAAGAGGGAAGGCUCUGGACCUGCUCCUUACCCUGCUCUGCAGCUCCCAAACCUGGAGAUGGUGGGUCUCUGUGAGCCAUUCCCAGAUGAUCCUGGGCUCCUGGGCCCGGCCCCUGCCUUAUGCUUACCUGGCACCCACCCUCUGCCCUUUUCCUCAACGCCCAAACUCACUUAUUGGCACUGCAGUCUGCCUCAUAAGCCAUAGCGCAUGCGCGCACCCUCAAAUUAAACAGGCCUUGCCUUGGACUCUG